CAUCUGCGUGUCGACGCGCUCUAUCUUGCAAACGCACGUCUCAUGCUGCUGUUCAUUCUUGAAAAGGGACAUCGCCUUCGACCGAUGUUUCUCCCGCUGCUGCUCUACGCCAACAGCUGAACCUUGCUAAUUGGCACUUGUCCGCGGACCAACAUCCCCGCAUUCUUCUAGAAGCGUUCCGCUAUCAAAAACCGCGCACCCCAACUCCUGGUCAGCCAUUAGCUUACCACUCUUCCGCUCUCGCAUGAAGACAGGAACCGUUUCUCCUUUUACUUCUGCUUUUGUCUUUGUUCUACAACCACUCUGUUGUUGCGACAUCAAGACCCCUCUUUUCCUGCCCUGAAUCCAUCACCCUCGAGAUGGAACCACUUUCAAUCGACUCGAUCGUUGUCGAGCACCCCAACGAGAUGUCGCUGCCAACGCCGGGCACUUCCAGUGAUGUCAUGGCAAUGGAGCGGUCGAAACCCAAGGGUAGACAGCGCCUGUUCAGUGGACUACAUCGGAUCGGCUCCUCCCCGAGUCUGACAGGCGUGGGCAGAACCCGUUCACAAAGCCUGAGGAGCAGCGGGAAUGCAUCAAUGUCUUGCAUGUCUCUGUCCAACCCAGGCUCGCCUUACAGUAACGGCAAUGCGUAUGGCAGCUCCUACUCGUCUGAGCUGUCCAAUGGUUUCUCCACGGCUCCGACUUCUGUAGCCAACAGCCCACCCAGCACACCUUUCUACGAUGAACAGGCUCGUCGGUGGAUGAAGACUCCUGACGUCCGAUCUUCAACUCCUCUUCCAUCCAAUCUGAGGCCCCGAUCCAGAGCUGGCUUGGAGUGUGAGGGCGAUUACUUCUCGCGACCAGUUCGGAAGACAGUGAAGAAACGACCCAACUUCAACUUCUGGGGAGAAAUGCCAACCGAAAUUCGCAUGCAUAUCUUGCGAUACCUGCAGCCAAAAGAGAUUGUGCGAUGCUCGAGAGUCUCCAAGUCAUGGCAUGCUAUGUGUUUUGACGGCCAGUUAUGGGGUGACCUCGACACACAUGGAUUCUACCGCGACAUCACAGCGGAUGCAUUGGUGAACAUCAUCAAAUCAGCAGGUCCGUUUGUCAAGGAUCUGAACUUGAGGGGUUGCGUGCAGCUCAAAGAACAAUGGAACAACACCAGCUUCAUCGAGGCCUGUCGAAAUCUCGAGAACUUUUCGCUCGAAGGCUGCCGAAUCGAUCGCACCUCCAUCCAUACCUUUCUGCUUCAGAACAGCCGACUCGCCCACGUCAACCUGUCCGGUCUUACGGGUGCCACAAAUGCUGCCAUGAAGAUCAUUGCUUCCAACUGUCCUCGAGUCGAGACGUUGAACAUCUCAUGGUGCAACAACAUCGACAAUCGCGGUCUGAUCAAAGUCAUCGAGGGCUGCCCGAACCUUCGAGUUCUGCGAGCGGGCGAAGUACGAGGGUGGGACGACAUUGAGCUGAUGUCCAGUAUCUUCCAGCGCAACACUCUGGAAAGGCUUGAGCUGAAGAACUGCGAUAGCCUCAACGACGACUCCCUCUCCGCACUCAUCGAAGGCGUGGGUCAAGAAGUAGAUGUUCUGACUGACCGCCCGAUCGUACCUCCAAGAAAGCUCAAACGCCUGGACCUCACCCGCUGCCGCAGCAUAACCGACGUUGGCAUCAAAACCCUAGCAGGAAACGUGCCUCACCUAGAAGGCCUCCAAGUGUCCAAAUGCGGCGGCCUAACCGACGACGGUCUAUCCGCCCUGCUCCCCACAAUGCCCAUACUAACCCACCUCGACAUGGAAGAAGUCGAAGGCCUCUCCAACGACGUCCUGAAGACACUCGCCGAAUCCCCCUGCGCCCCACACCUAAAACACAUCUGCAUCACCUACUGCGAAAACCUAGGCGACGCCGGCAUGCUCCCCGUCCUCAAAGCCUGCCGCAACCUAACUUCCAUCGAAAUGGACAACACGCGCAUCUCGGACCUCGUCCUCGCCGAAGCCGCCGCCACACUGCGCACUCGCAACCGCGCUACCCGCGCCCUCUCCGCCUCCGAGCGUCCCCACAUCGGCCUGCGCAUCGUCGCCUACGACUGCGCAAACGUGACCUGGACCGGCGUGCGUGAAGUCCUGUCCCGGAACGCGGAAAUCUCACCCCCAUCUUCUUCUGGAAACGGAAGUGGAAGCGGAACCCACCCCCGCGAAAUCAUCAGCCUGAAGUGCUUCCUCAACUGGCAGCCCACGGUCGACGAGCACACGAAGCGCGUCCUCAAGGGCGACUUUGCCGCUGCGGCCCGCCUCGAGCGCAAAUGGACGGACUGGAUGAUGCUGAAUGAGGAGGCGGGCAUGGGCGGCGCGAAUGCACGCCGGCGCCGCAGGAGGGCGAGGGAGGCGCAGAUGAUGCAUGCGGAUGAGGAGGAGGGCGGGGCUGGCGCGGGCGUCGGCGUGGGUGUUGGGCGGAGGAGACGGGCUAGGAGUGGGCCGGGGGUGUGUGUUGUGAUGUGAUGGGAUGGGGUUGUUGGGGGGUUUCCUUGUUUCUGGGGUGUUGUGGGUAGAUUUAUGCGGUUAUGGAUGUAUGAACCUAUUACGUGUCUAUCUGGAGUUAGAGCAGUUUUAGACGGUUGGAAAGGUCGAGUGACAUGACAGUUCACUCCCUUUUCUCCUUUCCUUGCAAUCCACAUAUAUGACUAUACUCGAAUACACGGACUCCUGCCGUUUAUGUGUCGGAUG